UAACGGGACGAGACAACAUGUAGUUUUUUUUUUUCCAUCAGAGAGAGAAAAACUACACGAUUUGCAAAUAACAAACAGAAUACCUUCCGUAUAUCCUCCUUUCCGAUUCCGACUCACCUCCGCUGGUAGCUCUGACCGAUCCUAACAGAAGACAAAUCUCGCAAAGCUAUACAGUUAGGAGUUCACGAUGGGUUCUGUAACCACACAACCUCUCUUCUCCUUUGGUGUCAUCGCUGACGUCCAAUACGCAGACAUUCCCGACGGACGUUCCUUCUUAGGCACUCCUCGAUACUACAGAAACAGCAUCCUCGUCCUACAAAAAGCUGUCCAAGCCUGGAACCAACACGGAAACCUCAAAUUCGUCAUCAACAUGGGUGACAUCGUAGACGGGUUCUGUCCCAAGGACCAAUCUUUAUCCGCCACCAAGAAACUCGUCGACGAAUUCGAAAAAUUCCAAGGCCCCGUCUACCACAUGAUCGGCAACCACUGCCUCUACAACCUCCCACGCCGAGAGCUGCUUCCUUUGCUCAACAUCCCUUCUCGUGACGAUGAUUACAACGCUUACUACGACUUUUCGCCUACGCCUGAGUAUAGAGUCGUGGUGUUAGACGGGUACGACAUCAGUGCCGUUGGUUGGCCUGAGGAUCAUCCCAAGACGCUCGCUGCGUUGAAGAUACUCGACGAGAAGAACCCGAACUCAGAGAAAAACAGCCCCGAGGGGCUUGUUGGUGUUGAGAGGAGGUUUGUUAAGUAUAACGGAGGCGUUGGGGAGAAACAGCUGGAGUGGCUGGACGGUGUGCUUAAGGAUGCGACGGAGUCGAAUCAGAGAGUUAUCGUCUGCGGGCAUGUGCCUAUGAGCCCUGGUUGUGCGUCCAGUGCUGCUUUGUUGUGGAAUUUUGAUGAGGUGAUGAGUGUUAUACACAAGUACGAUGUUGUUAAGGUUUGUUUGUCGGGGCAUGAUCAUAAAGGUGGAUACUUUGUUGAUUCUCGUGGGGUUCAUCAUAGGUCGCUUGAAGCUGCGUUGGAGUGUCCACCGGUAUGGGAAGCUGGAAAAGAUAUAGUGAGAAUUACAUGGAUGCUGAAGUCAUCGGCCAAAGUCAAUGACGAUGCUGCCUUCAAGACCGUCGAAGUGAAGCUUUGUUAUGCACCGAUCAGCCAAGUUGACAGACCAUGGCGCAAGACACAUAACGAGCUCUCUAGGGAUAGAAGCUGCCCUCACAAGAUUGUGUCAAAGCCCUAUGAUAAGAUCCCUCAAUCACUCAACUGGACCGUCGACCGAGAGACCCCCACUGGAACUUACUUCAUACGUGCCUACGGAACUGAUGUAAAUGGCUACGAAGUAGCAUACGGACAGAGCUCGGACGCGGAAAAGACGACUAAUCUCUUUAGCGUCGAGGGUAUUAGUGGUCGUCACACGUCGCUCGACAUAGCAUCCAUAUGCUUCAGUGUAUUCUCCUUUGGUUCUCUGCUAGUCUUCCUUGUUAAGGAGAAGAGGAAGGCCAAGUUACAGCAGCGGAAAUGAAUUUAUUAACUUUGAGGUCUUUGCUAAGUCGAACAAGAAAGUGUUGGACAAUAUGAAUGAUCGUUGUGUUAAGAAAGAUGUUGUAUUUAUUAGAUGAUAAACAUCAUCUGUUAUUAGUUUAGAUAUGCUAAGUAAUACAUUGUCUUUCUGUAUUUA